UCACACACCUUCCUCCAAUGAGGAUUUGCUUCUCUUUCAGAAAAAGCAAUUCCAGGUGACUUGCCGAGUUCCCAUUUUGGCAAAAGCUCCAUCGUGGGUUCAGAGCAGCCCAGCUUCGAGGAGGACGCAGGGAGGGCUGAGAAGGUCCAGGAUGGUGGUGGUGGUCCUGCUGUGGCUCGGCUGGCUGUGUGCCCCCCUGGGAGCCCUGGUUCUGGAUGUCAACAACAUCAAGAGCUCUGCGGAUGCGCAAGGGGCCCGGAAGAUGUUUGCACUGCAAUGGAAGAUGCAACCCCAGUACUGGAGAGGCAGAUCGAUGACCAAGACGACACAGAUACACAAGGAACAACUGAGCACCCAAUUCAGGAAAACAAACCCAAGAGGAAGCCAAAUAUUAAAAAAUCACAAGGCAGUAAGGGACAAGAGGGAGAAAGCUGUCUUAGAACUUUCGACUGUGGACCUGGACUUUGCUGUGCUCGUCAUUUUUGGACUAAAAUUUGUAAACCGGUCCCAUUGGAGGGACAGGUCUGCUCUAGGAGAGGGCACAAAGAUACCGAGCAAGCUCCAGAAAUCUUCCAGCGCUGUGACUGUGGUCCUGGACUAUCAUGUCGAAGUCAGGCGACUGGAAAUCAACAACACUCACGGUUAAGAGUGGGCCAGAAAAUCUAAAAGGCUGCACGUCUUCCAGCAGAAGUCUCAGACAAGAACUUAAAACUCUUCCCAUACAAAUAACUCUUAAAAUCAAAUCUUGUAGUAAGUGAAAUAGACUGAGCUGGAGAAGCUGCCUUGUGAUGAAUGGAAACUAGUUUGGGCUUGUUGUCUAUUUCUGCAGAAAAGUGAUGUGAUUCUAUAACAAAUUUAACUUUGAUCUAGUGAUUCAGUUAGUUCAAAUAAAUCUUUACGUAAUUUCUGGUGAAGUUAUGGUACCUGACAGUAGUUAGCAGGGAAAAUUAUCACAGCAAAUACUUUAUUUUUCCUUAAAACCCCCAUUGUUUAUAAUCAUUUAUUUCUUGGAAGGGAAAUACCAUUUUGCUACAAAAUAACUUGGUUA